CGAGGUGCUGCUGGAGGUGGAGCUGCUGGAGGUCCUGCUGGUGCAGGUGCUGCUGGAGCUGGAGCUGCUAGAGGUACUGCUGGUGCUGGAGCUGCAGGAGGAGCUGGAGCUGCUGGAGCUGGAGGUGCUGCCGGAGCUGGAGCUGCUGGAGAUACUGCUGGUGCUGGUGCGGCUCGUGGUGCUGCGGGAGUUGCUGCAGGAGGUGCUAGUGGAGCUGGAGAUGUUGGAGGUACUGGAGCUGGUGGUGCUGCGGGAGUAGGAGCUGGACACCCUGGAGCUGGGGGUACUGGUGCUGUCUUUGCUGGUUCUGGAGGCGCUGCGCGGCCGCGGCCGUACUUCAUUCCGCUUCUUCAGCAGGUUCUUGACCUCCCGCCUUCUACUGGUUCCUCUCUUCCCUUACUGUGUCCACAGCCUGCCCAGCCGCAGUCGCUGCUACAGCCAGCCUCUCCACUGCCUGGUCCUUCUCCUUACUCUGGGCCGACUAGAGGUCUUACGGAGCGUCGUGAGCCUGAGUCUCGUCCUGGGUCGCCUGAGUCUCGUCCUUCGUCGCCUGUUCGCGCUGCUCGCACUAGUCGUCGUGUUCCGCGUCCGCGUCCUCCUCCUGCCCCCCGCACGCACCUGCUGACGGGAGACCCAGAUGCACCAGACAUCCCGACCCCGCGCUCUUACGCAGAGGCGAUAGAGGGUCCCUACUCCUCUCAGUGGCAGACAGCCAUGGACGCAGAGAUGGCUUCCUGGAAGUCCACAGGCACCUACGUUGAUAAUGUCCCCCUGCCUGGGGCGAACAUCGUCAGUGGCAUGUGGAUUUUCAGGGUGAAGCGGCCGCCGGGUUCUCCGCCUGUCUUCAAGGCGCGUUACGUUGCACGAGGCUUCAGUCGGCGAGAGGGAGUUGACUUCUUCCAGACCUUCUCCCCCACCCCAAAGUUGACCACUCUUCGGCUUCUGCUGCACGUCGCCACUCAGCGUGACUACGAGCUGCACUCUCUUGACUUCGGCACUGCUUUCCUACAGGGCAGCCUGCACGAGGAGAUCUGGCUGCGCCACCCACCUUGCUUCACUGGGUCGUUUCCUCCUGGUACCCAGCGGAGCCUCCGGCGGCCAGUCUACGGUCUCCGCCAGGCGCCCCGUGAGUGGCACGACACACUGAGGACGACCCUUGCGGCUCUUGGCUUUGCUCCUUCCACUGCUGACCCGUCGCUGUUUCUACGCACCGACACUUCUCUGCCGCCGUUCUACGUCCUCGUGUACGUCGACGACUUGGUCUUUGCUACAUCUGACACUGAGGGACUCACCCACGUAAAGUCGGAGCUGCAGAAGAGACACACGUGCACAGACCUGGGUGAGAUGCGCAGCUAUCUUGGCUUGCGGAUCACCCGGGACAGAGCACAGCGCACCAUUACUUUGACUCAGUCACACAUGGUGCAGCAGGUCCUUCAGCGCUUUGGCUUCACGUACUCCUCGCCACAGCCCAUUCCUCUGCCUACUCGCCACUCGCUCUCAGCUCUGCCUUCGGAUGAGUCCGUAGAGCCGAGUGGCUAUAUCCAAAGCUUGUGGGCUGCCUCAUGUACCUGA